AUGUCUACUAUAAUAAAAAAUUUAUCAUUAUACUUUUUUACAAAAAAAUGUGUCAAAGUAUAUUUCGAAAAUUUGGAUUUUUUACAUGCUGAAUGUUUCAAAGCAACACUGAGUAAAAUCUUAGGACUUGGCAUCAUCGCUGGAUCAUUAUUGGUUAAAGUGCCACAAAUUGUUAAAAUUUUUCAAAAUAAAGAUAGCAAGGGUAUCAAUAUUUAUAGCGUAUUGAUGGAUUUAUUUGCUAUCACUGCUAUGACAUCUUACAGUUUUGUAAGUGGUUUUCCUUUUAGUUCCUGGGGAGAUGGAGUGUCAUUGGGUAUACAGACAUUAAUAAUUGCGAUAUUGGUUUUCCAUUAUAAUGGAGAUUCUGCAAAAGCAACAGCUUUUUUAGCAGGUUACAUGGCCAUACUUACCGCUGUUGUAAGCGGUUUAGCUCCAAUUAAUUUACUUUGGACUUGUCAAGCAAUGAAUAUUCCUAUUAUUCUCAUUAGCAAGUUUAUACAAGCUUAUACAAAUUAUUCUAAUGGAAGUACUGGUCAAUUAUCGGCGAUAACAGGUUUUAUGCUUUUCUUUGGUUCAUUAGCAAGAAUAUUUACUUCCAUUCAAGAAACUGGAGAUAUGACUAUGAUAGUUAUGUACUUGUGUUCGACUGCUGCAAAUGCUAUUAUUGCUGCACAAAUUCUUUAUUAUUGGAACGUUGGUACUGUAACUUCUAAGAAAAAAGAUGAAGCUAAGAAAAAGGCCUAAGAAACAAAACAAAAAAUUAAGUUAUCAAUAAAAUAUCAUGUAAGAUUUAAUAGUAAUGGAAAUAUGAUGUUAUAUUUUUUUAUA